AUGGGAUCACACUGUUCAAAUUGUUCUUAAUGUUAAAAAGAUAGAUUAGAUUAAAUCAAUGAAGUCACCAUUACGAAGAAAUCAGAAAGCAAUAAAGCUGUUAUAGUAAGCUAGAAAGUUGAAUAUUAAUGUGCAGAGAAGUAAGCAUAGAAAUAGAUUUUAUAAACUAAAAUGGCUAUUAUGAUAUAAAAAUAAUGGAAGGGAUACAAAGUAAGGAAGGCUUAUUUAUAGACCAAACUGCUGUUCAAUAAGUCUUAGAAUGACUAAGUAACCACAGAUAAGAAGAGUAAGAGGGGGAAGCAGAAAUAUUUUACCAAAGAAGAGUAUGAAUUAACAAUCAAAUCUGAAUCACUUUAAAGGGAAUAUAGAUCAAAAUAUAAAUUUAUUAGUGGAUCAACAUAUGAGGGAGAAUGGUUGGGAGAUAAGAGAGAUGAAUAGGGAAUACAAAUAUGGGAAGACGGGGCCAAAUAUAUUGGAUAAUGGAAAAAUAAUUAAGCAUUUGGUUAAGGAACCUUUUAUCAUGUCGAUGGAGAUGUUUAUGAGGGCGAAUGGUAAAAUGAUAAAGCAAACGGAUUUUGA